CGGGUCGUGUCCUGCUACAAGGAGACGUCAAGGACCACCGAUCUUGACUCUACGGAAUGUGCUAGAAGGAACGGCGGAGCCCGGCCCGUCGCCCCACAGCGGCCCCAGACUAGGGAGGGAGGCCACCAGGCGAGGAGGCGCGUAGGGCUCUCCACGACUUCUCAUCGGGUCCCGGGGGCGGACCACAGAACGGCGCCAUUCUACCCGCAGACCUCUAUGGCGCAUCCGGGAAAAUGGCCAAUGCAGCGUCCGAACAGGAGCCGGAAGCGUCUCCAUGGUUUCAUGGACCCGGAGACUCCCUGCUCUUCCCCAACGGAAAGAAACGUAGAGGCAGGAAAGCGCUAGAGUGACACACAAUCUAAGUUUCCGGUUAAAGGAGCGCCGUAUGGGACAAUUAAAAGUCACGUUUUUCUGCCACGGAAUGAGACCCGCAGUGUCAGAAAAGGCUGCGGAGUUAUUCUCCUGGAAGUCCCGCCGAGACUCGGCUCCGUGACUAACGAUUUCCUGCUGCUGGUGCGUCCUCUAAAGGCUUCCCCGCGCCGGCCGCCCCCCCACCCUCCGCCAGUUCCGGCCAUGGUGGGACCUCCGGUGGUGGCGGCGGCGCCGCCUUCCCCCUCGGGCGGCUCCCUGGAGAACGCCAACCCGCUCAUCUACCGGCGCCAGGGCGAGCGGCCCGUCACGGCGCGCGAGGAGGACGACGAGCUGCCCGACGCCAUCGACGACCGAGAGAUCUUCGAUCUCAUUCGUUCCAUCAAUGACCCAGAACAUCCCUUAACUUUGGAAGAGCUGAAUGUCGUGGAACAAGUUAGAGUCAAAGUGGAUGAUGCUGAAAGCACCGUGUCUGUGGAGUUUACUCCCACAAUUCCUCAUUGCAGCAUGGCAACAUUAAUUGGACUGUCAGUCAAAGUGAAGCUGAUCAGAUCCCUCCCUGAAAGGUUUAAGGUGGAUGUCCACAUCACACCCGGAACACACGCCUCUGAGCAGGCAGACAAGACGACGAUGCUUGAUAGAUGUCAGACAGAGAUGAGGGCCACAUGUGAGGCUCUGCACUGAAACAUGUGGGCUAGUAAUAUGUUGUGGACUUCUCUUUGGAGACAUGGUCUUCCCUGGGAGUUUAAGGAAAGCCCUCUUGAAUGGGCAGGGGGAGAGGGGCUGCUCCCUCCACACCCGCUUCCUUGCUAAUCCAUCCUGGGCUUGUUU